ACUUUGAUAGCAAUAGUUGACAUUAAAACAUCUGCUAGUAUCAAUGUGGCAAAAUAAUGGAGGAACCAAAAUAUUUACUGUUGUUGUUGCUAUGGAUAUUCACUGUCCAGGUUGCACUUGGGAAGAUUACUUUCUUCAUACACGUAGACCUAGUGAAAAGUACAGGAAAUAAACUCCAUGGCGGUGGGUGUUGUCAGGGUGUAACAGACACUCACUGUACCAAGUUAUGUAAGCCUGUCCUCACCGUGUGUCUCAAAGACAAAACUCAUACCUGUAUCACUAGUUUUACCACCACGUUGGACAUGCGUCAACAGACUGUCACAUAUGGUUCCAAAGUUGGCAAUACCACAAAUCCACAGUUUUUGGAAGUGGACAACUGGGCAAAAUACCUUGACAAGAUAUCAGUGAACGUGAAUGAUAUGGGACCCUCUACACCACUCAUCUACCAGACCGAGUUUUCUGAUUACAGUCUUAAAAUUGGGAACAACAUUUUGUCCCAAAACUGGAGACAGAAGAAAUUAACAACCAGUUAUUUUUCGGAUCACAAUGCUUUCUCAUUACAGUUAACUUACAAAGCGUACUGUUCUGAGGGCUACUAUGGAUCAGACUGUACCGCUCACUGUCCUGGUAAUCCAAGGAAGUGUGUAGUCAACGGGCAUACCUACUGUAAAAUGGGUUGGCGUGGUAACAACUGUGACCAAGACAUUAACGAAUGUUCUACACAAGCUUUCUGUAGUCAUGGUCACUGUACAAACACUGUUGGUAGUUUUCAUUGUACCUGUCCUCCCUCCGUGUAUGGUCUGAAAUGUCAACUUGAUGAGGAUGAAUGUUUACUGGAGCCUUGUAAUGGCGGAGAGUGUAUCAACAAAAUAGGGAGUUACCAGUGUCAGUGUAAGAACGGAACCACUGGUACAAACUGUGAAGCUUUAACGGCAACAACGUGUUCCGGCAUCACGUGUAAUAACCAUGGAACGUGUAGUAAUGGAAAUAACGGUUAUACGUGUAGUUGUAACUCCGGAUAUAUCGGUAAAGAUUGCGAAACACGGAAUUAUUGUAAGAAUGAGAACUGUUCUCACCACGGUAUAUGUCAUAACGGAAAUACCAAAUAUACAUGUAACUGUACCGCUGGAUACACGGGUAAUGAUUGUGAACAUGAUUAUUGCUUCAAUAACGCGUGUAAAAAUAGAGCUACUUGUCAUAGUGGAAAGUCAAACUAUACGUGUUCUUGUACGUCGGAAUACGUGGGGUCAAGCUGUGAAACUCGGAAUUAUUGUCACGGUCAGACAUGUAGCAGGAGGGGAAUAUGUCAAAAUGGCCGCAGUGGGUACACGUGUCAUUGUCCGCCACAGUAUCGGGGAAGAAACUGUGAAUUAAACAAUUACUGUCUGUAUACAGUUCCAAUAUUAAUACAAAAGACAACAAGAAAAAGAGCAUGUGUUUCGUCCUUGUGUAACAAUCAUGGUACAUGCUAUCCAGAAAAUAAUUUGAGGGGUUAUCUUUGUGAAUGUGAAGAAGCCUGGUCUGGUCUGAACUGUGAACGCUUUGAUUAUUGUCACAACAUCAGCUGUUCUCAGCACGGAACCUGUUUUGUCGGGCAGACGGAUUUCUUUUGUCUCUGUGACGAAGGACAUUUUGGAAAAUUAUGUAAUGCCACUCGCUAUUGUAAAAUUGACUCUUGUAUUCCUCCUCUCUAUUGUAAGGAAAACACGAAUGGGUAUCUGUGCGAAUGUCCAGAUGGAUUCACCGGGGCAGACUGUAACAUAGUCAAUCAUUGUUAUGAUGACCCAUGCGGAAAGCAAGGUUUCUGCACUAAUACGGAUUCAGGUUUCAAAUGCAUAUGUGAAAGUGGUUGGAAAGGACAAAAUUGUUCCGACAUCGAUUAUUGCUACGAUAACCCAUGUGGAGAACACGGACAAUGUCAAAGUUCAUCUCAUAACUUCAAUUGCAUGUGUAAACCAAGCUACACGGGAAAUAAAUGUAAUGUCAUAGAUUCCUGCCAUUCGACGCCUUGCCAAAAUAAUGGAACGUGCAUGUCAGGAUUAAAUGACUAUUUAUGUAAUUGUCCAACAAUGUGGUCAGGGAAAAACUGUUCACACAGGAACAUCUGCUUCCUGGACGAUCCUUGUAAUAUGCAUGGGAAUUGUUCUCAAUUUGAGUCGAAUUUUCACUGUUCUUGCUUUCCAGGUUGGACGGGUCGUUUCUGCAAUAUUUCUGAUCAUUGUUACGGUUCACCUUGUGGAGAUCACGGGACUUGCCAAUCUCAUUCUGACUCAUUUCAAUGUCUAUGUGAUCCGCAAUGGAUGGGUAGUACGUGUCAAAUAAAUGCGUGUGAAAAUCAAACUUGUAGCUACAAUGGAAAGUGCAGCGCUCGAGAUUCUAGUUAUCACUGCCAUUGUGAUGAUGGCUGGGUAGGGAAAGAAUGCAGCAUAUCAGAUCCUUGUCAGAAUGCAUCAUGUGAACAUGGCGGUGUAUGUCAUCAUGUACUCGUGCACAAUUCAGAUGUCAUUAACCCACUGUCUUUCUUCAAACAGGAAAAUUCAACACAUUAUGCUUUUACUACAGCUAUUGCAGAAUGCAAGUGUCCAAAAGAGUGGAAAGGUCAUGUAUGUGACAUAGAUGUUAACGAGUGUUUAAACAAAACCGCUUGUAACGGGCACGGGUAUUGUAUUAACAAUGUAGGGAAUCACACCUGUAUAUGCGAACAUGGUUGGAGAGGGUUGAACUGCGAAGAAAACAUUAACGAAUGUAUAUCAAUCCCUUGUGAAAAUAGUGGAACCUGCAUAGAUGGCAUAAACAGUUUUUCCUGCAUUUGCUCUGACUUCUGGGAAGGUGAUUCUUGUCAGCGAGAUGUGAACGAAUGCAAGUAUUUUCCUUGUGGAGUUCAUGGAAAGUGUAUAAAUUCUGAAGGAAACUACACCUGUAUUUGUGAAGAUUCCUGGACAGGCAGACAUUGUGGAAGUCACAUAAAAUCGUGCACUUUAGAACCAUGUAAAAAUAACGCUACAUGCAUUGAUGUGGAUAAUACCUUCUUCUGUAUGUGUGACAAUGCAUUCAACGGGCGGCAUUGUGACAGCGAUGUUAAUGAAUGUUCGUCAUCUCCAUGUAAAAAUGGUGGAACCUGUGUCAAUUUAUAUGGUUCUUUUUACUGUGUAUGUUCAAAGCAUUGGACUGGAUCAUUCUGCGAGAAAGAUGUGGAUGAAUGUUCAAGUGAACCAUGCUCUCAGAACACUACCUGCAUCAAUAAAGUGAACGGUUAUCAAUGUGCAGAUUGUUCGACUUUCAUUUGUUCAAACGGAGGAAAUUGUUUUAACACCAAUACCGGUCCUGUAUGUAAUUGUUCAAUGCACUGGACAGGAUCUACAUGUCAGCAGAAAAACUACUGUUACAAUAAUCCUUGUGGACCUUUGGAAGUUUGUAUAAACACGAACACGGCAUAUUCGUGUGAGUUCCAUCCCUGUAUAAGUUCACCAUGUCAAAAUAAUGGAUCUUGUACAGAAACUGGUGUUGGGGUGGUCUGCAAUUGUUCUUAUGGAUGGACGGGUCAUACAUGCGCGGAGAGAGAUUACUGUGCUUUCACAUCCUGUUUUAAUAAUGGCACUUGUAUGAAUACUGACGUAUCUUCUCAGUGUCAAUGCACUGAAGAUUGGUAUGGUGAUAAAUGUGAAAACUUCAAUUUCUGUCAUUCCUCUCCGUGCCUUCAUGGUGGGGUGUGUAGAAAUAUACAAGGAAAUUUUACGUGUGAAUGUCCGCGAGGCUGGAUAGGAACACAAUGCGAAACACGUGAUUAUUGUUAUAAUUUGCCAUGCUUGAACAAUGGCCUCUGUAUCAACCACAAUACAUCAUAUUCAUGUUCUUGUCCAGUACAAUGGACAGGUUCGAACUGCGAGUCGUAUAAUUAUUGUCAUAUCAAUCCUUGUAACAACAAAGGAUUCUGUUUUAAUAAUGAUACAAAUUAUGUGUGUUCAUGCAAUCGUGGUUUCAUGAGUAGAAACUGUGACGACACCGAUUAUUGUACAUCCAGUCCUUGUUUGAAUAAUGGAACUUGCGCCUCGGAGCCGUAUGGAUACCUUUGUCACUGCCAUGCAGGCUACGUAGGAAGAAAUUGUGAGCGGGAUAUGAAUGAAUGUGCUUUUGAUUUGUGUCCAGCGGGAUCAACGUGCUUCGAUGCUAAAGGUGGCUACACGUGCCUUUGGAAUAACAGGCAACGAAGAGCUUACGUCUUCAAUGGAAGACGAAUGCACACCAUCAAACUUCCAUAUUCAACCAAUUCACUAAAGUUAAUGAGAAAUAUGUCAUUACUCCGGUCAUUGGUCGGCAGGGAUGUUUGCAAAUAUCCCCAAAAUUUCACAUUUCAUCCACGAAGUCUAAAAAUACUUUCAAGUGAACGUAUCAUGCGGUUGACUUUCCAGGCAUCCUGCCAGCCUUAACAGCUACCUAAAGUUAUAGAGAGUACUGAAACGCUUACAACUGAAAAAUACCUGUACCUCUAGGUCUGGUGACCUUCAUCAUGAUAAAAUAUCUAGUAAAACGUUUAGCACAUGUGACCAAAACCACAGGCGCCUGAAGUGUGGAUAACUUGUAUAUAUCUCAUCUACAUACGCCCCUUCAAUAAUGAAACCUUUUUUUUUUUUAUACAGAACCAAUAAUUUAUCCAAAAUAUGUUAUUUCCCCCACCGAUCACCCUCAGAAGUCGUUCUGAAUAGUGGGUUUCUACAUUCUGUAAGCUUUUGAGAUGACCACUUGUGAGAUACUAAUAGCUAUGUAAAUAUAAACAAACAGCGUGCUACCUGCUUCGAGAUCGAUUCACGGGGUAUAAUCCAACUUUAUCGAAGGAAUUUCUGCGAAUAUUUCAUCAGGCUUAUGUAGUUCUACUUAUGUUUUUCAGCUGAAUCCUAUUCCAUCUGUUUAUGUAUCGUAUUCUGUCAUUUAUUUUAUCGUACCCAAGCUUAUCAUCCAUUGGCAGCCCUUAAGGAGGUCGUGACAUCAUUUCGCGUGUCACGUUAUCUGAUUGGCUUGCACUUGCGUCAUCUUUCUAAAUAUACUUCAGAUAAGCAUUUCACCUUAAUCAAUUUCGAUUGAUGUCACGACCUCUCAUAAGGCUGUCAAUGAACGUACAUAUAGUGGAGAUGUACAUGCACGUACACGCAUUGUUUGUUGUCUCGUGAAAUGCUAUUUCAUUGAUAUGAUUAGUGAUUUUAUUUUCAUCAGUUGUUCUUUAAUGUACUAAUUUCUUCAUCAAAUGAUACCGUGCUACUUUUUGGAUACUGUAAACAACAUUUUUACAAACACUCAUAAUGUGAAAUUGAUAACCAAGAGAAAAGUCACGAUAAUAUCAAGUACUGAUAGAUCAACAUAUAAUUUAAAAACCACAUGAAGCUUGGUUCAAUAUCAUUCAGUGUUGUAAUCUGCAGUAAGUCAACAAAGCGGUAGACCAAGUCACGUGAUUGAAUAUGUAUAUCGAAAAUCAAAUAAAACUUCACAUAUUGAUGGCUGCUUUUUAGCUAAACACAAUAUAUAUAUCAUACAAUUAAAGAAAAUUUGAU